AUGGCGCCAAUGACGCUUACCAGUCAGGCCUCCUCCCUUGCGGGAUGUGCUGAACGGCUGACCCCUUGGCGCAUACGUCUUCUGCCCAUGGGCGCAUCCUGGACCAUGUCUUCAACCGCUGAAUUGCUCUGGAAGAUACGACCGAUGGCAGCCAGACCCACCAAGAGAGUGAGCGGCAAUAUGGUGAUAGUGCACAGAGAUGGCUCGCCAGAAGCGGCACACGAAGCCAGGCACACUGUGCUCGCCAAAACUGCCGAGAAGCUCAUGAUGAGGGCUGUGCUAGUGGAAAUUGGGAAGGGAAAGGAUGAGGCUAGAUUUAUAAUGAACUUCUUUGCAGAUGAUGUGAUGGACAUUACGGCUAUUUUAUCCUCUCUAUCGACCAUGUUGGACACCCACGAGGCACCGCCUGCAUUGAAUCCUGCAGGGCUGGAAAGGCGGAAGAUGGCAAGAUGCAUAGAGGAAGCAUACUCGCUCAGCUGGCUACCCAACCACCGUGGAGGACUGUUCCAGCCAGGAUAUGGACAUAAUCAAGUUAAUUAUAGACAGUUUCCGGUCAGUUGGGAUGAGGAUGGGCACUUAUGCGCGCCUGGCGGAGUUUGUAGAGCAUGGACCCCAUUCGGACAUUUAGAGAAUGCUUUGGUCAUUUCAGUCAAUGCACAGGCUCAUAAUCAGGGUUUGGAAUACGGAGUGGUGGGGAAAUUGUAUCUGGGGAUGAUGGUGACGUUCAUUGGUGGCUUAACGUGUGAUUAUAUUCAGAUUAGGCUCAGAAUAAUUCUCACGACGCUCAAUCUGGAAGUACCUGGUGUCCUCGGUGUGAAGAGAGAAAGGGUAGUAUGA